GGGGGAAACCCAUACGUUUGUUGCCCAUCACACAACUCUUCGCUUGCGUCUUUGUGCAUAAAAAAAAAUCAUCCCUCCGUCCAGCCAAUCAAGAGGAGCCAAAAAAGAGCUAUUAAAAGGAGCAGUGCUGGAGAGAGACACAGAUCCAUAGGCAGCCUUUGCUCGUAAAAUUCCGAAAAAGUCCCAACGGAUUACUAAACAAAGAUUAAACCACUGGAAUCGCAUUCAUUUCUGCCUGGGCUUUCCCCCACUUUGUUCUCAGCCCUUCAAAUAUACAGAUAGAUAGCUUUCUGUGUCUUGAAACUGGACAAAAAGCGUGGAAAGAGCAGUGAUAAAGGCGCAACUUCAUCCUUUUACACUGAGAUUCAGAAGACAGCUUUUCCUUCCGAGUGUGCGGAAAAGAAGACUUUUGGAAGGAAAGGACUUGGCAAGAAGAGGAGAAGGAAAAUAAACCCAGCCAUUCAAUUCUGGAAAGAGGAUUUGGAUUGUUCCUUUCUAAGAAACAGUAAAGCAAACCAUCAGCUUCAAUCUCAAGCAUCAAUCUGACGGGAGGCUCUACUUUUCUGUGGCUCUAAAUCCCGAAUUUUGAGCUGUCCGCUAUCUGAAUUCGUCCUUUGCAUCCUUUCUUUCGACACUGAACGUCAAGUGUUUAUUUCCCCCUCCUUAAAAUUAACUUCCUCCUCUAAAACCAUUACACGUCUGUUGUCGGAUCCCUUUUUUCCCCAACUUCGAAUUUGAUUUGUAUGCCACUGGUCCUCAAUGUUUCUUCUCUUGCUUGCCACCUGUUGUAAUCUGGUUGCGGCCGUGGACGACCGGCCUCGUUUUGGCAGCUAUCAAGAGGAAAUCGUGUUUCCGGAAAGGACGAAUGCCUCUAGCAAUCCGGGCAAAGGUGGCAUCUUUGACAAUAGCCUCGACGGCAACAGCAACAGCAUGCUCCCCAAGGAACGGCUCUCCUAUCACUUCCGAGCGUUUGGCAAAGAUUUUGUGCUCGAUUUAGAGAAAGACGGCAGCUUUGUCACAGAAGGCUUGAUGGUGCAAUAUUUGGGCAAGUCGAGGGAAGGAGUCAACGGCCUGCUUGAGCAAGGAACCUACUUCACCGGGACGGUGAAUUCGGACUCUGAAUCGAUCGCCGCCAUUCAUUACAAUGGGGCCUCUCUGCUGGGGGUGCUGCAGUAUCAGGGUGCCGAGUACCAUGUGCAGCCCUCCAACACGAAAGGAGAAACCGGGGCCCACGUGGUGAGAAGGAAAGUCCUGGAGAAAAGCGACGGACCCAUGUGCGGAGUGGGAUCCCCGAUGCACGACAACAUGCCAACCCUAAGAGACGGGCACUUCCUUAACACAAAAGAGUCCCCGAGGAGAGCAAAGCGGUUUGCAUCCAUCCCGCACUUUGUGGAGACCUUGGUGGUGGCGGACGAGGAGAUGGUGCGUUUCCAUGGGGCUGGCCUGAAGCCUUACUUGCUCACCAUCAUGGCAGCAGCGGCCAAGUUCUUCCGCCAUCCCAGCCUCAAGAACCCUGUCAAUUUGGUGGUGACCAAGAUGGUCGUGAUCGGAGAAGCCGGGGACGGGUUGCAGGUGUCGUCCAACGCUGCCGAGACGCUCAGGAACUUCUGCGCUUGGCAGAAAGGCCUCAACAAAGCCAGCGACAAGGACCCUGAGCAUUUCGACACAGCCAUUCUCUUCACCAGGCGGGAUCUCUGUGGGCGCUCCAGCUGUGGCACUCUAGGCAUGGCGGACGUUGGCACCGUAUGCGACCCAACACGCAGCUGCUCCAUUGUUGAAGACGACGGACUCCAGUCGGCCUUCACCGCCGCACACGAACUGGGACAUGUCUUUAACAUGCUCCAUGAUGAUGAUAAGCACUGCAGAGAGCUGAACCACCAGAGCAAGUCUCGACAUAUGAUGGCUUCGGUCAUGACCCCUGUUGACCCCAAUGAGAUGUGGUCUCCCUGCAGCGGGCGUUUCAUCACGGACUUCCUAGACAAUGGCCAUGGUUCCUGCCUUUUAGACAAGCCACACGAACCCCUGAGCCUGCCCGCUGUCUUCCCUGGCAGCAGUUACGACGUUGACCAGCAGUGCCAGCUGAGCUUUGGGCCCGAUUCGCGCCAUUGUCCCAACAUGCAGCUGCCCUGCUCCUCGCUGUGGUGCACCGGCCGCAUCAAUGGACAAUUCAUGUGCCAGACGAAAUACUUCCCGUGGGCCGACGGGACGCCUUGUGGGGAAGGCAAGAGCUGUAUGAGUGGCCAAUGCAUCAGCAAAGUCGAGCUGAAGGCAUAUAAUAUCCCUACCCACGGAGGAUGGGGCCGCUGGGGUCCGUGGGGCGACUGCUCACGCACCUGUGGAGGGGGAGUGCAAUACUCCACUCGCGAAUGCAACAAACCUGUCCCACGCAACGGGGGCAAAUACUGCGAGGGGAAACGCACACAGUAUCGCUCCUGCAAUGUCCAGGAUUGCCCUGAUGGGAAUGCCUUGACAUACCGGGAGCAGCAAUGCGCAGUCUACAACCACCGAACGGACAUGUUCAAAGACUAUCCUGCCCCUAUGGAUUGGGUGCCUCGCUAUAGCGGUGUGGCUCAACGGGACCAAUGCAAGCUGACCUGCCAAUCCCAUGCGCUGGGCUAUUACUAUGUCCUUGAACCAAAGGUUGCUGACGGAACGCCCUGCUCUCCCGAAUCCAGCUCUGUCUGUGUCCAGGGACGUUGCAUCCACGCUGGCUGCGACCGUGUCAUUGGCUCCAAAAAGAAGUUUGACAAAUGCAUGGUCUGUGGGGGAGACAACUCGGCAUGUGCCAAGAUCUACGGUUCCUUCACCAAACCCCAGUACGGCUACAACGACGUGGUCACCAUCCCUGCAGGAGCGACUCACAUCCUGAUCCGCCAGAGCAGCGGCUCUUCCUCUGCCAGUGACGGGAUCUACCUGGCUCUCCGCCGCCGGGAUAACUCUUACGCUCUCAACGGAAACUACGUCCUCGUGCCCUCCGAGCAGGAUGUCCACCUGCAGAGCAGAUCCGUCCUUCGCUACAGCGGGGCCACCAAGGCCGUGGAGACAAUCGUGGGCCGUGGGCCACUGAAGGAGCCCUUGACGUUGCAGGCCUUGGUGGUGACGGACCAGAAGACCCCGCGCUUAAAGUACACCUUUUUCGUCCCCAAGGCACCAAAGAGACUCUCGAACCAGUGGCUGAAACAGAAAGCCCGCAUCUUAGAGGUCCUACGGAACCGACGAGGCCACCAAUAGGCCCUCCAAGGAUGCUCUAAUUGGAGACCCUCCGAGGUUCCUGUUUAGGUGUCCUUGUUGAUGUGGCAGAACUGCAACACCACAACCUCUGCGAGGAACUCUUAAGACAUUCGAACUGCUAACAAAUGGGUACCACGAUGGUCUCUGCUCUAGAGCUGUUGGUGCCUCAGGAUCUUCUCAGGAGGACCAAGGGGGGAUUCUGGGGGAAAGAAUGAGCAAGCCAAGUUGCUUAUAUGGCCAACCCUGUCUGUCUCUCUUGGGGCAUGCGCCCAUUACCUGUCAACUGGUAGUGAGCCUAUUAACUCCACAGGGGUUUCUUAAGCCAGGGAUCUUGAGGUGGUUUUGCCUCGGAAAUUCAUUGUUGCUCUCCUAUCCAAGCACUAACCAAGGUUGACCAUGCUUAGCUUUCAAGAGGUGGGAGGAUCUGUUACCUUUAGGGUUUCGAGGCCUUAUAGGUGAUGGAUCAGACUCCGGAGAGGAAUCUUGUGAGAAGAAAGGCCUCUGGUUCCAAGUUUUGGGAAUGGCAAAAUGGAAGAAAGAAAGAAAGAAAGAAAGAAAGAAAGAAAGAAAG